CAUGGCGCCACCGCCACAGCUGCAGACCGUCACUCCGCGUCCGCCCUUCCAACUCGCCGCAUCCCGACACCAUCUCACUCCAGCGCCGCCUCCCCUCCUCCGCCAAACUGUCACCUCCGCUCGCUCUAGCCCCUUCCCGCACCUCCUCUUCCGUGGUGGGCCCGCGCCUAACUGGCGGCGUGCGAGCGUGAGGGCGCGCGCGGGGCCUGGCGGCGGAGGGCGGAGGGAGUCCCCGUACGAGGUGCUCGGCGUGUCUCCUUCGGCAGCACCCGACGAGAUCAAGCGCGCGUACCGGCGCCUCGCGCUCAAGUACCACCCGGACGUCAACAAGGAGGCCGAUGCUCAGGAGAAGUUUCUGCGCAUCAAGCACGCGUACAACACUUUGAUGAACUCGGAGAGCCGGUCCAAGUACGCGAACAGCAGUUCCGAUUCGUCCUGGACCUCCAGCUCCAGGGAGAGCAAAUCAACUGCUGCAGAAGAGCAGUUUUAUGGGUUUGCCGAUUUCCUUAAAGAUCUGCAAGCAGAAUUUCAGAACUGGGAAGCUGGGUUGAAUUCAGAUCAGAAACCUAAAAGCCUUUGGGAAGAGAUGGAAGCAAUUGGCGAGGAAUUCGUCGAAUUUUUGGAGAAUGAACUUAAGAUUGAUGACUCCAGCCCUGAGGAUUACACUGGGAAUGAUCCAUACACGCAGUUUGGAGGGCAAACAAAAAAUGCUAAGGAUGACAAGACUGCAGCAAACAGCUUUGACGAUGGUGUUUCUGAAAUAGAGGCCGCUCUCGAGAGGCUGAAGAAGGAACUCGGACUUGGCUAAA